AAUGCAAGCAAUAAUUCAAUCAGGUCAACAGAUUCAACCAAGCACUGCGCCAAAACAAGCAGAGAUUCCAGUAAGAAAUCCUCCCCCAGCUAUAGCACCGGGCCCAAGGAGCAAUUAUCUUGAUUCGAAUCCACGUUUUCCGCCAGUGGCUCAGAAUCCAGUUCCACCUGUACCAGUGAAUCCGCUAACAUUGCCACCGCCGAGCUCGUCGCAGUUCCCUGGAUUUCCAGUGAUGAAUAACCCCUACGGGACGAUGUAUUUUCCAAAUAUUCCUGACAUGCCGUCAUCUGGUGCUGAUUAUCAGUUUGCGCACCCUCAGGGAGGAGUCUUUAUCAACAACCCAGUCAGGCAUCCGAACUUUGGUUUGAAUGUACAGCCGUGUGCUUGGCAAGCAUCCGAGCAGCACCCGCCUACAGUUCCACCAACAGUGUCAGCAGAUUUGGGUAAAGGAUUUCCUCAUGCUACAGGUCGCAUGAUUACGCCACAGCAACUGGCGGCGCGUCAAGUUGUCUCUAGAGACCUCCCCAAGUUUUCCGGGGACCCACUCGAGUGGCCCAUGUUCUUGAGUGCAUUUGAAUCGACAACGGCCAUGUGUGGCAUACAACCCGACGAGAACCUUGCUAGGCUACAGAAAAGUCUUGUUGGUAGCGCUCGCGAAAAGGUUCAGAAUAUUCUAACGCUGCCGGAUGCAAUCCCGGAAAUUAUCGACAUCCUACGAGCCGAGUGUGGAAGGCCAGACCAAAUUGUAUACUGUCUGCUAUCCAAGAUCCGGAAAACCGCUCAGCCGUCUGUGACGAAAUUGGAGACGCUUGUGACGUUCGGCAGAGAGGUACGCAACAUGGUGACGUACAUGCAGUCAGCGAAACUGAACACCCAUUUGGACAAUCCACUAUUGCUGGCAGAGCUUGUUGCUAAGCUUCCACCCGACUUGCAGCUACAAUGGGGUAUGAAGUUAGCAGCUCUUCCGGAACCAUCGCUUGGCGAUUUCUGUGCGUUUGUGUCGGCUUAUCGAACAGCGGCAUGCAAGGUGAAAUUGACGUCGGAUGUUGGUCUGAAUGAAAAAGCCACAAAAGGUGUUGUGAGAAAGGAGAAGCCAGUUUAUUUGAACGCACAUUCCGCCUCCGUGUCCUCAGCGCCUGGACCACCGGCUUCGAAAGUUACUCCGGAGCUAAAGCCGUGCCUGAUGUGCAAAAGUACAACGCACAGAGUCCGAACUUGUAAGCAGUUCGAAACGUUGCCGCUCGAAAAGAAGCUGAGGUUCAUCAGCGAAACGGGAAUGUGUAGGCGUUGUCUGGCGCCGCAUGGAAGGUGGCCUUGCCGAAACAAGCAGCCUUGCGGGAUCAAUGGAUGCCCUGAGCCCCACCAUAAACUGCUACAUCCAGGAAGUUGUUCGACUCUCAAGAGUCAAGGAUCGGAAUCUUCUGUAUCGGUAACUGCCCAUCAUCAACACCAGCAAGGCACCACAUUCUUCAAAAUACUUCCGGUGACUCUUCACGCGAACGGGAAGUCGGUGUCCACAUUUGCUUUUCUGGACGACGGAUCCGACCUGACGCUGGUCGAAGACGAACUUAUCGACGAACUGGGCUUGGUGGGCGAAAGAAUUCCGCUUUGCUUGCAGUGGACUAGUAACGUCACGAGAAGUGAGAGUAACUCUCGUAAGGUCGAGAUAGGUAUCUCAGGUGCUUCGAACAAUCGCAUCCAUCAGCUGGCGAACGUAAGAACCGUUGAGAGCUUGGAAUUACCGAAGCAGAGCCUGGAUUAUGAGAGUCUCUCGAAGCAAUUCCCCCAUCUGUGUGGACUUCCCAUCAGCAGCUACCGGACGGCCGUGCCACGAAUUCUUAUCGGUGUCGACAAUGCCCAGCUCAACUUAGCUUUGAAGAAGAGGGAAAGAUCCGGAGGAGAACCUAUUGCUGCUAAAUUUCGCCUCGGAUGGGCAAUAUUCGGUGGAAGAAGAGCACCUGAAACGAUAGGUAGUGCUUUCAUUCAUGUCUGCGAGAGCUCCAAUAGCCGCGAGCUCCAUGAACCGGUCCAGCAGUAUCUUGAAUUCGAAAACCUGGCGAUAUCCGGAUUGAUACCACCCGAAUCCGAUGAAGAUCGACGGGCCAGAAGAUUACUCGAAAAGACGACAGUUCGUAUACCAUCCGGAAAGUUCCAAAAUGGAUUGUUUUGGAAAAGCGAUGAGCCGGUUUUUCCGAACAACUUUACCAAGGCAGUACGUCGACACGGUUGUUUUGAAAGGCGCUUGCUGAAAGAUCCCGAACUGAAAACUAAUAUUGACAAACAAAUCAACGAUUAUCUACACAAGGGGUACGUUCACAAAGCAACGUCAGACGAGCUCCGCAACAGUGACGACGGAAAGAUUUGGCACCUGCCAAUCAGCGCAGUGCGACAUCCGAGCAAGUUAACAAAGGUGCGUGUAUUCUGGGAUGCUGCGGCUACGUAUGGAGGAAUCUUUCUGAGCUCCCAGCUUUUGUUCCAGUUGAUUAUUCGUUCGGCAGAUAGAAACGCACAACGAUAUUUGUAUCAGGAGAAUUCAGAAGCUGCGCUCGACGUGUACAUGGACGUCGCAACGUUCGGGGCAACGUGCUCCCCGUGUUCAGCACAGUUUGCUAAGAAUGGAAACGCCCAGGAACAUAAAGAUCGUUAUCCGGAAGCUGCUGAAGCAAUUGUUGACAACACAUAUUUUGACGAUUUCCUUGCGAGCUGUGCCAUUGAAGAGGCAACGAAACUGGCUUUGGAAGUGAGUCUGGUCAACCGAUCAGUUGGUUUUGAGAUACCUAGUUGGCAGUCGCACUCCAAACACGUUCUGAAACGGGUUGGGGUGACUACUGGAGAUAAUUUUGUAGUCAACAUGGAAAAUUGCUCGCGGUGUGGUGGUCUACCCAACAGAAUUGCUAACCUGCAUCAUUUUGUGCACCGCUUUAAGCGCUUCAAACGGGAUCCUGUGGAAUCUAGUGAGUCCUGUGGUGGUCUGAAUCGUGAUGAUUGUGUGUCGGCGGAAACAGCCAUUUGGCGGGCUGUACAGCGACAGGUGUUUGCAGGAGAAAUUCAAGCGUUUAGAAGCAGUUCUGAGCCUUCACCGAAGCGGUGGAAGCGUAUCGGCAAGGGAAGUGUCCUAGCGAAGCUAUCAUCGAUGAUCGAUGAGUCCGGUGUUCUCCGGAAGGCGAGCAGAAUCGAUCACCUAGCGGCUCAUUAUUCGUUCGAAGUUCGAAAUCCUGAGAUAGUACCAAAAAAUCAUGAUGUAAUCACUUCUUUGAUGCUGCGAUUUUACCAAAGGUACGGUCAUGCCAAUUCCCAGACGGUACUGAACGAGAUCAAGCUACGUUACUACAUUCCCCGGAUGAGAGCCAGUUCGGAGAAGGCAUUCAAGACUCUCUCGCACCAUCAAAGGCUAGACGAUGAAGGACUGCGAACAUUGCUCUCGGAAGCAGAAUUGAUAGUCAACUCCCAUCCGCUGACGUUCGUGCCGCUGGAGGAUCCCAAGGAAGAAGUGCUGACUCCAAAUCAUUUCCUUUGGCUAAGUUCCGGCGAGGACAGCAAACCACCAAGGGUACCAAUCGACGAUGUUACACCUCUUCGACCAAACUGGAAGGUUAUUCAACACUUAACAAACCAGUUUUGGAAGCGCUGGGUGCAAGCUUACCUACCUACUAUAGCCUGCAGGACGAAAUGGUUCGCGGAAACGCGGCCGCUGAAGGUCGGCGAUCUAGUGGUCAUCGUAGACGAGUCCGUGCGCAACGGAUGGCUCCGAGGUAAGGUGGUGAGGACUUAUCCAGGACGAGACGAACAAGUUCACAAGGUCGACGUGGAGACUUGCGACGGAUCUACUCUUCAAAGACCAGCGGUAAAGGUUGCUCUGUUGGACGUGCAGGAGGAGAGUAAAGUCGAUUGACUACGACGUUACGGGUUGGGGUGUUAGUAGAACUGGCAACCUUGGUACGGGAUCGGACAAACGUCAACGCGUUGGCGCCGAAAAAGAAUUGUCAUUGUUAGAAAAUUGAUCGAAACUGCGACACGUUUUUUCUUGACCUGGCAGUUAGUUAGUUUGUAGUGAAUUGUUUUUAGCGAAAACAUAGGUGGAAGCUAUUUGGCCAGUUGCGCGUGAUUUUUGUGCUCGCGGUUUAGUGAGUCGGAAGAGGUUAGGUGAUAGAAAUUCCUUACUGCGCAAUUUGCCACUAAAAUAUUGUAUUUCCUUUGAUAGUUUGAGUGACCGUUCGGUUGUUCCGGUUAGGUGUACCGGGUUGAGCUCAAUUAGAGCGGUAGGAAAGAAAAAGCGUAAGUACGCAAGUGUACUUUUUAUUUACCCGAAGAUAAAUAUGAUUUUCGUCCAUUAGCUUCAAAUAGCCGGUGAUAUCCGACGGUUUAGGGUUGCCAGAGCUAGAGCUUAGGGUAAACGGCGAAACUUAUUUGUAAGUUCAUAAGAGAUUGUUUACAUUAUCAUCAUUUAAUAAUAAAUGUAUUUACAGUCGAGUUCGUUCGCAUACAACGUACUACGGAACAGUUUUUAUU